AUUGAUGACAAUGGCAAUCUUGUAAUUACUUGAAGAUGAUGAGGGUGAGAGAGUAAAAAUGUCAUUUUCGAAAAAAAAAGAAAAAAAAAAAUUGAUGGCAUUUUCGUAAAUUAUUUGAACUUGUGGGGUGAAUAGGGCAAAACCAAUUUUCAAAAAAAAGGGAGGUUAGUUUUGUGUUUGACUUUAAGUUGUAGGUCAAUUUUGCAAAAAUCCCUUUGAUUAUCUACAAAAUCAAUAAUGAAAAGGAUUUUUUUUAAUCUUAUGAAAUAUUGUGGUUCAAAAAAAAAAUACUUAUGAAAUAUAAGAUGUUAUUUGUAUUGUUUGGAAAAUCAAACAUAAAGGGAUUUUCUUUUGUUUUUACACUUAUAACAUCAACCUAAAUUAACAACACAAGAACCUUGUGCCUCAAAACUUCAGUUCAGUAUUGUAUAUGGCUGUGUUCGUUUGUACAUCUAGAAGAUACAUCCAAAUGGUCCAUCUAUAUGCCUUAUCCAGAUGUUCCAUCUGGAUGUUGUUUGUUUCUUUCAUUUCGUCUAUGCAUCCAGAUGAAUCAUCUGAAAGCAAUUAUGUUCGUUUACUUUUUUUAUUUUUUAACUUGCAUCUUCAUCGAGGUGGACUUAUUAAUGAAAUGACUAAUUUUCUUUUUAAUUCGAGAAAAUAUAUUUUUUUACGGUUUUGGCGGAAAAUAAUUUUUGCGAUUUUUGCGGAUAAAUGAGUACUUGACAAAAAGUACGUUUUUUGGUUUUGACAAGAUAAUACGUAUUUACAAUUUUGGCGAGAAAAUUGCGUUUUUACGGUUGUGGCGGGAAAUACUUUUUGUCGGUUUUGGCGGAAAAUGUGUUUUUGACGAAAAGUGCAUGUUCGUGGUUUUGGCGAGAAAAUGUAUUUUUGCGGUUUUGGCGGAAAUGCGCAUUUUUGCUUCUUUUUUUUACGGAAAAGUGCAUUUUUUUCAUUUUUCGCGGAAAAUAUUUUUUACGGUUUUUGCGGAAAAUGUGUUUUGACAAAAAAGUGUGUUUUGUGGCUUUAGCGGGAAAAUACGUUUUUCUGGUUUCGGCGGGAAAAUGGUUUUCUGGUUUCAACGGGAAAAUGCGUUUUCCGGUUUCAGCGAGAAAAUGCGGUUUUUCGGUUUCGGCGGGAAAAUGUCUUUUCUGGUUUUGGUGGGAAAAUGCAAUUUUCCGGUUUUGGCAAGAAAAUGUGUUUUUCGGUUUUUGUGCAGUUUUAUGUUUUUGGCGGGAAACUGUGUUUUUACUAUUUCAGCCGAAAAAUUUGUUUUAUGGAAAUAUGCAUUUUUGUUUUUUAGUGGGAAAAACACAUUUUUGCGGUUUUGCCGGAAAAAUCUGUUUAUCAGCUUUGUUAAGAUUUAUGGUCUUCAAAUUCUCAGAUUUGAGCCUAAGUAUCAAGAAUCACAAGCAUAUGAGAAUAAAUGAGAUCCGAUGUGUACUGAUUAGAUUUUGAGUAAUACAUGGAGUCAUGGAUCAUAUGUUAGUUGUUAAAUUCAAGAACAUAUAAUUUUCUCUACAAAUAAACUUUAGAUUAUUGUUAAAAAAAUCUAGACUAAUAUCAAAAUUAAUUAUUAUAGAUUGGUAAAUAGUCUAACUUAACAAAAAACUUCUUAACGUAUAGUAUUGUCAAAAAUAGAUUUUUUUAGCAAAGAUUUAUUCUAUUACAAAAUACAAAAAAAUAUUAUUGGGUGGUUCGACAACCAUAUUGAAUUAACUGAAUUGUGAAUUAUUAUAAUUUUUAUAACUUUAUUAAAUAACUAAAAUUAAUUAAAACCAGAAAAUAAAAUUAAUUAAUGAAAUUUUUUUAAUUGAAAUCUAGAGAGGUUAUGGAAAGUUAUGUUUUGAGAUAUUUUUCCAUAAUCUCCCAUUUUUCUUUUUUCCUACACAAAUAUAUAAGUUGGUAGAAACUUAUCCUCAUCUCUGGGAUGAUAUGUAUUUUCUACUAAUCUGCAUAAUUAAUGAUAAAUUACACUUUGUCACUUUCUAAGACUAGAACAUAGAUUUUAAGAUGUUAAAACAUUGACGAAUCUUUAACAAAACCAUUGAACUAAAUAAACUUCCACAAUACAACAUAAUAUAUUUUAUUUUAUUUUUUUUUUAUUUUUUUAUUUUUUAAGCACAAGUAUAUAGUUUUCUUAACUAAAAUUUUGGAUUCAUAAUAUUUAAAGAAAAGAAAAAUCAAAAGACACAAAUAAUUUCGCCUUGCCGAGCAAGGUCGUAGUACGGAAAUACAAAUUUCUUUUUAUUUUUUUAUAACCUCUUUUCCCUUUUUAUCCUUGCUACAAGGGUUCAGGCGUCUCCCAUACACCACCAUGGCUCAAGCAACUGCUACGGCAAGGUACAUUGAUAAUGAAGAAGAAGAAGAAGAUGAUGAGGACGUUUGCAGAAUCUGCAGAACUCCAAGGGAUGCAGACAAUCCACUUCAAUAUCCAUGUGUCUGCAGGGGAAGCAUCAAGUUUGUGCACUAAGAUUGCCUCCUUCAAUGGCUUAGCUACUCCAAAGCUCAUCGAUGCGAGGUUUCACUUCUUCUUCUCUCGGUUUAUUAUAGAUGUUGUUGCGGUUCCUCAAAAGAAGAAGCCUUGUGCAGGUUUGCAAGCAUCGUUUUUCAUUCUCACCGCUUUAUGAUGAAAAGGCUCCCACGAGACUCCCUUUGAAGGAGUUUGUUGUUGGCAUUGCGAUGAAAGUUUGGCGUUGCCGUGUUUCGCACGCCUCUCUGCGGUUGAGUUUAGUGCUUUUGGCCUGUCUUCUCACUGUUUCUUUCAUUAUGUUUUGGACAUGGAGAUUGUCUUUCGUCAAGAGUUUUGGUGAAGCUCGGAGGCUGUUCUUAAGUCACAUGUCCACCGUACUUGUCCUAACAGAUUGUUUGCUUGGUUUCUUACUAUCUGCAAUUAUCAUCUUCAUUCUCCAUAAAGCUGCUUCACUGAGGAACUUCUUUAGGCAUUUGGGAAGAAACUUUCUAUUUAACGAGCUGGUUCGAAUACAGAGUCCUCUGUUUCGCUUGGCUAAGAUUGUCUUUGCUGUAAGUUGAAUGUUGUCAUCUUUUGGUUCAGUGUUACACAUUUGUUCUCUCAUUUAAAAUCUUAUAUAUAACUCUGCAGAUUGUGGCAUGCAAUAUGAUAUUUCUUGGUGUUGUCAUCUUUGUGCCCUUCACACUAGGACGGUUUAUUAUAUUGCAUCAUGUUGCUGCUGCUGAUCUCUUGAAAGGUUUUGUUGCUAGACCAUCAAAGCUAUAUGAUGAUGUUACAACUCUCACUGUUGGCUACAUGUUUGUAGUCUUCCUUUACCUUGGAAUCAUUGCGCUGAUUCGAUAUUUCAAGGGCCAGCAACCAUUGAACUUUGGUAGAGUCUAUGGUGUUGCUGCUUCGAUAGUAGAAACUAUACCACCUCUCCUUAGGCAGUUGUUGGUAGGAAUCAAACUAGGAGCCAAGGUUGCCUGUUACUUUGGGGUCUUCCCCUUCAUGUGUGGGUGGUGGCUAGAUGUUUGCACGGUUAGUAUGUUUGGUGAAACUAUGUCCAAGAGAGUAGAGUUUUUAUCAGUUUCCCCGCUUGCAAGCUCACUUGUUCAUUGGGCUGUUGGAGUGUUGUACGUGUUGAAAAUAUGCAUAUGCGAGGAGGAACUUCUUCUAAAGGUUCUUCGCCAUGAAGCUUUGUUUUUCCUUUAUGAUCCUGAAGAUGAUGAUGAUGAUGAGUCGUUCCAGUUCUUGAUCGAAGAAACAGUACACAAGUUUGCUCGGGAUUUUUUGUUCGAUUCUGUAAAGUAUGGGAGUUUGAUUAUCUUGCUGGUGUUUUUACCAGUCAAGCUUGCUAUUAUAAUGGCUCCUUCAGUCUUCCCUCUUGACAUAUCUGUAUCUGAUCCAUUCACUGAGAUUCCUGCCGGCUUGCUCCUGUUUACAAUCUGCACGCAGUUUAUCAUCGAGCAUUUCAGACUCUGGACCACGGUUAAGUCCCUUGUACGCUGCUGGUUCACCAGCGUCUGCUUGGCGCUUGGUUUGACAGACUUACUCUUGCCAAGACCAGAGGACAAGGUCGGUCAGGACAAUGGAGAUGGUGAACCUGAAAGGGCCAUGGAUGUGCUUCCAGCAACUGUUGACCCAAGCAGGAGCCUCGUCCUCGCUGGGAAUGUAGAACAAUCUCAUUCAGGGUACAUCUUUGUGCUCCGUGCAGUCCUUCUUCUACUUGCUGCAUGGGUUACUCUUCUUCUCUUCAACACAGCAUUGAUAGUUGUAUCAGUUUCUCUUGGACGUGCUCUAUUUAAUGCCAUCCCAACUCUCCCUAUAACGCAUGGCAUCAAGUGCAAUGACCUAUAUGCUUUUGUCAUUGGCACAUAUGCCUUUUGGACUACCAUAUCUGGGACCAUGUAUGCUAUCGAGCAUUCGAAGUCAGAAAGGACUUCAGUCUUGCUCAACCAAAUAUGGAGAUGGUGUGGGGUUGUCUUCAAGAGCUCGGUCCUGGUAGCCAUAUGGAUUUUUAUCAUUCCAGUGCUGAUAGGACUUGUGCUUGAGCUAUUGGUGAUUGUCCCAAUGAGAGUCCCAGUAGAUGAAACUCCUGUCUUCCUCCUGUAUCAAGACUGGGCUCUUGGCUUCAUCUUUUUGAAAAUCUGGACAACAUCGGUUAGUACUCUUUUUUUUUUGUUGUAUCAUGUCACUAAAAAUGACAACAAUGGACAGAUAAUAUUGCUGGAUGAUAGUUGGAAAGCAAAGUUUGAGAGAGUAGAAGAAGAUGGAUUCUCAAGGCUUCAAGGGUUAUGGGUGCUUAAAGAGAUUGUAUCUCCUAUCCUGAUGAAACUUCUGACAGCAUUAUGUGUGCCUUAUGUCCUGGCGAAGGGAGUGUUCCCCAUGCUCAGAUAUCCACUGGUUGUAAACUCCGCCGUCUAUAGGUUCUCUUGGAUAGGUUGCCUCUCUGCGAGCCUCUUCUUUUCUUGUGCAAAGAGAUGUCAUGUCUGGUUCAUAAACCUUCAUAACUCUAUCCGUGAUGACCGUUAUCUCGUUGGUCGGAGACUCCUUAACUUUGAGGAAGCUGCUUUGGCUAAACAAAAAAGCAGUGCCAGUGAGGAUGAUGGUGAGGGAGAUGGUGAUACUUGA